GGGGCAUAAUGAACAGUUUUGGUGUUUUUCAGACAUAUUACGAAAGUUUACUCCCAGACUCUAGUCCUUCCGCUAUCUCGUGGAUCGGCUCUAUUCAAGUCUUUCUUCUGCGAUUUGUGGGUGUAAUCACAGGACCACUUCACGACAUAGGAUACUUUCACACAUUGAUUGGCACUGGGACUUUCCUCGUCGUAUUUGGAACAAUGAUGACAAGUCUAGGGACACAAUAUUGGCACUUCCUACUCGCGCAAGGGUUUUGCGUCGGUCUCGGAGCCGGUACGCUCUUCAUGCCGUCUGUAAGCAGCCUCCCGCAGUACUUCUCAACGAAAAGAGGUUUAGCUGUCGGUGUGGCGGCGACAGGGAGUAGUCUAGGGGGAGUGUUGUACCCAAUUAUAUUCCGGAAGCUGGAAGCUUCAAUUGGACUCGGAUGGGCAGUGCGAGUCUUGGCUUUUCUUUCUCUGGCUACCGGCAGCAUCUCAUUGUCCGUCAUGCGACUCCGACAUCACCCAUCGCUGUCGCGAAUAGGAAAUUCUCCCUCGCCAAACACAUCUUCAAAUGCUGCGGGAACCAAGAAGCAGACUCGUACAUUGCUGGACCUUACUGCAUUCAAAGAAGCCCCUUACGACUUUUUUUGUGUGGCAAUUUUCUUGGGAUGCGUCUCCUUUUUCAUACCCAUCUUUUACAUUCAGUCCUAUGCUCAAAGUACCUCUUCGUCCGGACAUUCUAUUCCGACUUCUCUCACAACCUACCUCCUGGCGAUCCUGAAUGCAAGCUCUAUCAUUGGUCGUCUGAGUUCUAGAUUUCUUGACCGGCAUGCAGGACCUGUCAAUAUGCUAAUGCUGACCUCGAUUCUUACCGGCACUCUGUCACUAUGCUGGAUUGCAAUACCACCAUCCUCUGAGGGUGGCUUGGUUACUUUUGCAGUCCUGUACGGAAUUUUCAGCGGUGGAUUUAUCUCAUUGCCAGCUGUUGCAGUGGCAAGCUUGACAACGGAUAUGAGGCGACUUGGAACCAGGCUGGGUAUGAACUCUGCGAUUGGAGGUUUUGGGAGUCUAUGCGGAACUCCUAUUGCGGGAGCAAUCUUAGAUGGAAGUGGUGGUUGGAUUGGCUUGAAGGUCUUUGCAGGAGUGUCGAUGCUAGCCUGCAGGCUUCCCCGCCGAUAUUAAAUUAUUCGAUAAUAUCGUGCCGAUAUCGAAUCCGUUGAAUGAAUAAAAAAUAUCGUAUCGUCCAAAUUAGGAAGUACGAUAUUGAAUGAAUAAUCGAAUAUAUCGCAU